UCGCCUGGGCUGCGCUGUGCACACCUCGCCCGGGGAGGACGCAGAGCCGGGCAGACGGCAGGGAUGUCGGCGAAGGAGAGGCCGAAGAGCAAAGUGGUCAAGGACAGCGUCACCCUCCUGCCCUGCUUUUAUUUCGUCGAGUUGCCUAUAUUGGCAUCAUCGGUGGUUAGCCUCUAUUUCCUUGAACUCACCGAUGUCUUCAAACCUGUACAUUCUGGAUUUAGCUGCUAUGACCGGAGUCUUAGUAUGCCGUACAUCGAACCAACCCAGGAGGCGAUUCCAUUCCUCAUGUUGCUAAGCUUGGCUUUUGCUGGACCAGCAAUUACGAUUAUGGUAGGAGAAGGAAUCCUCUACUGUUGCCUGUCCAAAAGAAGAAAUGGAGUUGGCCUGGAGCCUAACAUUAAUGCUGGAGGCUGCAACUUCAACUCUUUCCUUAGAAGAGCUGUCAGAUUUGUUGGUGUUCAUGUAUUUGGACUAUGCUCUACAGCUCUCAUUACAGAUAUCAUACAACUGUCCACAGGAUAUCAGGCACCAUACUUUCUGACUGUGUGCAAACCAAACUAUACCUCUCUGAAUGUAUCUUGCAAAGAAAAUUCCUACAUUGUGGAAGAUAUUUGCUCAGGAUCUGACCUUACAGUUAUCAACAGUGGCAGAAAGUCAUUCCCUUCUCAACAUGCGACUCUCGCUGCCUUUGCAGCCGUGUAUGUUUCGAUGUACUUCAAUUCCACAUUAACGGAUUCCUCUAAGCUUCUGAAACCUCUUUUGGUCUUCACAUUUAUCAUCUGUGGAAUCAUCUGUGGACUAACACGGAUAACUCAGUAUAAAAACCACCCUGUUGAUGUCUAUUGUGGCUUUUUAAUAGGAGGAGGAAUUGCACUAUACUUGGGGCUGUAUGCUGUGGGGAAUUUCCUGCCUAGUGAAGAGUGUAUGUUUCAGCACAGAGAAGCCCUGAGAUCUUUGACAGACCUCAGUCAAGACCCCAGCCGAGUUUUAUCUGCUAAAAAUGGUAGCAGCAGCGAUGGAAUUGCUCACACAGAAGGCAUCCUCAACCGCAACCACAGAGAUGCUAGCUCGCUGACAAACCUCAAAAGAGCAAAUGCUGAUGUGGAAAUCAUCACUCCACGGAGCCCCAUGGGGAAGGAGAACAUGGUUACCUUCAGCAAUACACUGCCGAGAGCCAACACCCCGUCCGUAGAAGACCCUGUCCGAAGAAACGCAACCAUUCAUGCGUCUAUGGAUUCCGCUAGGUCAAAGCAGCUCCUUACCCAGUGGAAGAAUAAAAAUGAAAGUCGGAAGUUGUCCCUGCAAGUAAUAGAGACUGAGCCCGGACAGUCGCCACCCAGAUCCAUAGAAAUGAGGUCAAGCUCGGAGCCAUCGAGGGUGGGGGUGAAUGGAGAGCACCAUGCUCCUGGCAAUCAGUACCUCAAGGUCCAGCCUGGCGCCGUGCCCGGGUGCAACAACAGCAUGCCCGGAGGGCCGCGGGUGUCCAUUCAGUCUCGCCCCGGGUCCUCACAGUUGGUACACAUCCCUGAGGAGACCCAGGAAAACAUAAGCACCUCCCCCAAAAGCAGCUCUGCUCGGGCCAAGUGGCUGAAAGCUGCAGAGAAGACUGUGGCCUGUAACAGAAGCAACAGCCAGCCCCGGAUCAUGCAGGUCAUAGCUAUGUCCAAGCAGCAGGGCGUCCUCCAAAGCAGCCCCAAGAACACCGAAGGCAGCACGGUAACCUGCACGGGCUCCAUCCGCUACAAAACCCUGACAGACCACGAACCCAGUGGGAUCGUGAGGGUCGAAGCUCAUCCGGAGAACAACAGGCCCAUCAUACAGAUCCCGUCCACCGAAGGCGAAGGCAGCGGCUCCUGGAAGUGGAAAGCCCCAGAAAAGGGCAGCCUUCGCCAAACUUACGAGCUCAACGAUCUCAACAGGGACUCCGAAAGCUGUGAGUCCCUGAAAGACAGCUUUGGUUCUGGAGAUCGCAAGAGAAGCAACAUUGAUAAUAAUGAGCAUCACCAUCACGGAAUCACCACCAUCCGCGUCACCCCGGUGGAGGGCAGCGAAAUCGGCUCAGAGACGCUGUCCGUUUCUUCUUCCCGCGACUCCACCCUGCGGAGAAAGGGCAACAUCAUUUUAAUCCCCGAAAGAAGCAACAGUCCCGAAAACACCAGAAAUAUCUUCUACAAAGGAACCUCCCCCACACGGGCGUACAAGGACUGAGCGAUGGCCAGUCCAUCCUUUGGGCUACUCCCAAAAGACCACGUGUUGAUUCUACCUGUGCUCUGUUCCAGCGGACUGGGAAGUCUCGCCAAACUAGAUCGUCCACCAUCGGCCCAGAACUCUGUAACUUUGAAGAACUACUACUCUUAAACUUGUAGAUUUCACAUCAAGGGGAGGGAAAAGCACAAUGCAAGAACCUAACUAAUGUGAUAAUAUGACGCGUUUUCUUCAGACCUGUCUUCAAACUCAACAGGGUUUGCAGAGGGCAGUUUCAAAAGAAAGCGGUUUCCUUCAAGUGUGUACUAUUUUACUUCCUGAAUGUGCCAACUAUAGGGAUUUUUCUUUAUAAUUAGCUGUGAGAAUCCAGAACACAUACAGGUUCUCCCUACAGCAGAGGCCAUGCAGUAUUAUAUAUUCAUUUUGCAGAAUCUGCACCUACAGCUCAAUAUGGGUGGUGCUGAUUAUUAUAGUGCAUAUACCAUGUAAACUCUCAAACUCUAUUUAGCUGUGAAAUAGUGAUGUGCAAUUCCUUGUCCAAGAAAUACUACUUUAUUAAGAAGAUGCUGGCUGCUUUGUGUUAGAAUAGGACACCCCCCAGCUUCUCCAUAGUGGCUGUCACAGUCAAAAAAUGAAGAGGUUUAUGUGCAUUUCUUCAAAAUUCUGCUUCCUUCAACAUGAAAAAUUGUGUAGGAAUAUUUUCAGUGAAAGGGAAUAACUAGUACUUUUCUGCAUAGUUUUUCUGCUGCUUACUUUUCAUUUAAAUAUAGGUACUGCUAAUGAAUCUUUUAGUGAGUAAAUU